AGUCCACACCGCAGCCAUACUGCCCUAUAAAUACCUCUUUCAUUACUUCAUCUCAUGUCAUCAAAUAUCAAUCCUGUUUUUAUACGUUCACUAGCUUUCAUUGCUUAAUUUCUUUUCUGACAUCUUGAAGAACAAAAUGGCUAUCUUUCUUUGCUUUCUUUUCCUGGCUAUCUCCUAUGCUACUGCUUGUGAUCGAUGUGUCCACCAAUCUAAGGUCGCAUAUUUCUCCAGAGCCUCAGCACUCUCAUCUGGGGCUUGUGGAUAUGGUUCCAUGGCGACAGGAUUUAACAGUGGACACCUCGCAGGUGCUGUUUCUUCCCUUUAUAAAGAUGGAUCUGGAUGUGGUGCUUGUUUUCAGAUAAGAUGCAAAGACGCAGCUUUAUGCAGUAGAGAAGGGACUAGAGUGAUUGUGACUGAUCUCAAUCGCAAUAACCAGACUGACUUUGUUCUUAGCAGCAGAGCCUUCAUGGCCAUGGCCAAUAAGGAUAUGGGUCGGAACAUCUUGAAACAAGGGAUUGUGGAAGUGGAAUAUAAGAGGGUACCUUGUGAAUACAAAAACCAGAAUUUGGCUGUCCGAGUAGAAGAAUCAAGCAAAAACCCAAAUUACUUGGCCAUUAAAUUGUUGUAUCAAGGUGGUCAGACAGAAGUGGUAGCCAUUGACUUUGCUAAGGUUGGUUCGUCGAACUGGGGUUUCUUGAGCCGGAACCAUGGGGCAGUGUGGGACUCGGACAGAGUUCCAUCAGGGGCACUUCAAUUCAGAUUCGUGAUAACAGCUGGAUUUGAUGGGAAAUGGAUUUGGGCUCGGAAUGUCCUGCCUGAAGAUUGGAAGCCCGGGAUGACAUACGAUUCAGGAGUCCAGAUUACCGAUAUUGCACAAGAGGGCUGCUCUCCAUGUGAUGAUGGGACUUGGAAAUGAGGGUCUUGUCUUCCCACUAAUGUGAAUAUCUCUACGCAUAGAGUUCGAUCUGAUAUCAUUCUACACUACAGAACUAAAUAAUGUAGAAGAAUAGUAUAAAGUUAGCACUAUAUAUUAUAGUAUUAGCCACUACGCUUCAAUGUUUUUUUUUUUUUUUUUGUUCUUGCCUUGUGAGGAGGGCAUGUCCUUGCUUGUGUUUGACAUAUUUCUUUUUCUACCCCAGUAAAUAAAUGCUGUCCCUCUCUCUUUCAAGGGUGGGCCAAUGCCUGGAUGUUGA